AGCAGAGAGAGACAUCAGGAAUAUCAGCGGUUUGUUCUGAACAUUUAUCUGAAGAUACGUACAUGAUUCAGCAACGCAACCCAGGAGGAAGAAUAAUGUAUUUUAAAUAUUAUAUUAAUAAUUAUUUAUGCACGGCGAUUGUAUUGUGAGCAAGAGUCCGGAUGCAAAUACACGUGGACAAUAAUUUGCGCAAACCCGCUAAUCUGAACUGCACACAUCAUCAUCAUCAUCAUACGGACUAAUACACCAGCAGUCACCUUCAUACAUCCCAAUCCCCUAUUAUACACUAUUACACCAUCAUUCCGUAUAAUACGCCAUUACACACAUCAUACACCAUAAUACAUCCAACUGGACCUGUGAACUAUUGUGGACAUAGUUAAAGCUUAAUGAUGGAGUGGAUCAACGAUUGGCUCUGGAAGCAAGAAUACUGGCUUCCUCCUGGGAUCAGCUGGGAGGAUAUGGAAAAGAUGGAGGGAUUUCAGCAGCCUCUCCCGCGGGAUCUGCUCAUCUCUCUGCCGUUAGCUCUGGGAUUCAUCAUGCUUCGUUAUGCAUUUGAGAGAGGUGUAGCACGUCCUCUGAGCAGAGCUUUAGGAGUUAAAGAUCGAGUUUGUUUGAAAGUCAUUACUGCCCCAAAUCUGGAGGCCUUUUACACUAAAAACAGCAGACAACCAACACAGAAUGAGAUUGCCAGCCUCGUGAACCAGAGCAACUUGACUUAUAGGCAGGUUGAGACCUGGUUCCGUAACCGUAGAAACCAGGAUCGGCCGAGCAACAGUAAGAAGUUCUGUGAGGCCAGCUGGAGAUUUGUGUUCUACCUUGUUGCUUUCACCGCGGGACUUGCGUCUUUAAUUAACACGUCGUGGUUCUGGGAGCAGAGAGACUGUUGGAGGGGAUAUCCUCAACAGCCCGUGCAGGAUGUUCAUUACUGGUACUACAUGCUUGAGCUGGGGUUCUACUGGUCUCUCCUGCUCUGUGUAUCUGUGGACGUUAAACGAAAAGAUUUCAAAGAACAGAUUGUCCAUCACUUUGCUACGAUAUUCUUGCUUGGUUUCUCGUACUGCUCCAACUACAUUCGGGUUGGCACGCUGGUGAUGCUCGUCCACGACUCCUCGGAUUUCCUCCUCGAGUCGGCCAAGAUGCUCCACUACGCCGGGUGGAAAAAAACCUGUGAUUCUUUGUUUGUGAUUUUUGCUGUUGUAUUUCUGGUCACACGUCUGGUUGUGUUUCCAAGCAAGAUCAUCUACACUACUCUUGUUUUAUCUAUGGAAAUGUUUGAACCCUUUAUGGGAUAUUAUUUCUUUAAUGUUCUGCUGCUGGUGCUGCAGGCCCUUCACAUAUACUGGGCUUAUCUUAUCUUCAGAAUGAUCUACAAGUUCCUCUUCUUAGGGAAGCUGGACAAAGAUGAACGCAGUGAUGUUGAGACUGACCCAGAGGAGGAAGAGAAGGAAGAGGAUCAUUCUUCCUGGAGGAAGAGGAAGGUUGUGCUGGAUUCCAGGCUGGCCGUGCUCGGAUCUAGCUGUGUCCUAAAUAACUUGACCAAUCAGGAAGCUGGCACAAACAGACGACAGCCUAAAGCUAGAUAGCAACAAUGAUGUAGCCUACUUGUUUCAAAAUCACAUAAAAAAGCUGAGGUGUGUUACAUGCACACAUAUUGUUUUAUUUCGAUUUUUCUGCACUAAAUUGCAUUUAUUUUAAGAAUGUUGUAGUAAGAACAUCCACUCUCAAAUACAUUAUGCUUAACAAAGACACAGAAGAACACACAAUACUAAACUGCAUCUGUGCGUUAAUCUCUUGUACACAAAUGACUAAGGAUGAAGUCGUUUUGUGGGUUGGGUAUACACGAAUAUCUUAAUGUUUUGAAUUUAAACUCCUAUUAUUUCAUUGCCCAAAAAUGCACAUACACUCACCUAAAGGAUUAUUAGGAACACCAUACUAAUACUGUGUUUGACCCCCUUUCGCCUUCAGAACUGCCUUAAUUCUACGUGGCAUUGAUUCAACAAGGUGCUGAAAGCAUUCUUUAGAAAUGUUGGCCCAUACUGAUAGGAUAGCAUCUUGCAGUUGAUGGAGAUUUGUGGGAUGCACAUCCAGGGCACGAAGCUCCCGUUCCACCACAUCCCAAAGAUGCUCUAUUGGGUUGAGAUCUGGUGACUGUGGGGGCCAUUUUAGUACAGUGAACUCAUUGUCAUGUUCAAGAAACCAAUUUGAAAUGAUUGGAGCUUGUGACAUGGUGCAUUAUCCUGCUGGAAGUAGCCAUCAGAGGAUGGGUACAUGGUGGCCAUAAAGGGAUGGACAUGGUCAGAAACAAUGCUCAGGUAGGCCGUGGCAUUUAAACGAUGCCCAGUUGGCACUAAGGGGCCUAAAGUGUGCCAAGAAAACAUCCCCCACACCAUUACACCACCACCACCAGCCUGCACAGUGGUAACAAGGCAUGAUGGAUCCAUGUUCUCAUUCUGUUUACGCCAAAUUCUGACUCUACCAUCUGAAUGUCUCAACAGAAAUCGAGACUCAUCAGACCAGGCAACAUUUUUCCAGUCUUCAACUGUCCAAUUUUGGUGAGCUCUUGCAAAUU